AUGGCUGAGGUAACUGAAGAAACUCUCAGAAUCAGAGAACAGGUUUCGUCACUUUCUACUCAAUUAAUGGAAAGUGUUGAUAGACAAUCCCAACUCGAAGAUAAAUUGAGGCAAGCAAACAAACUGUUACAAUCCCAAAGUACAUCUGUAGCAACUCUCGAAGCAUUACAAGUAGAACACGAGUCCUUAAAAGAAAAAAUGAUUGGAAAAGAUGAGACAAUUAAAGACUUAAAAAGUAAUUUAAAGUCUGAAGUUGAGUUACGUACUAAGGCAGAAACAGAGGUGGAUAAAUUAAGUCAAGAAGUUGAAGAUCUUACUGCAUCUUUAUUUGCUGAAGCUAAUAAUAUGGUAGCCGAUGCUAGAAGAGAGAAACACACGACAGAGAUACUUAACACAAAACUGGUGGAACAAUUGAGGAACAAAGAUAAUACAUUAGAGACGCUGAACUUGCAAUUAAAGAAUCUAAAAGUAGUACUUCAGAAUGUGGAAAAAGAAUCUGUCUCGAAUCAAUCUAGUAGAUAUUCGACCAUUUUAAAUGACUCUGAUACAACUUCAGGUAGAUCUCUAAAUAAGGUUACUACCUCAAGUUCUUCUAUUACAAAAGAUUCAGACAAUGUUAUACUCUACUCACCAUACGUAACGACAAUCCGUUACGACUUAACGUUAUUUAAUGAAUUUUUGAAGUUUGUUGCUGUUCUACCAUAUUGUAAAACUAUACGAGAGACGGCAUCAGAAUCAAAACUUUUGAGAAGGUUACUCAAUGAUGAAGUACAGCCUGUGUUAAGAAUUGAUAACGCACCUGGUGUGGGCUGGUUAGCAAAAAAAACUCUAAUACAACAAAUGAUAGAAGGUUUGGUUAUUCUUGAACCACUGAGUGGAGUUAAUGAGACAUACCAGAUUGGAUAUCGUAAUGCAGAUGGAAACACAUCCCAACCCUCAAAAUUGGAUGCAAAUUCCAAGGAAUCGCAUAUGUUUAAUUAUCCUGUCAACUCACCUCCAGUAGCAGUUCAUGGACCUUGCGCCUUUUGCGGAGAAAACAGAGAUGACAUUAUCGAACAUGCAAGAAUGCAUGUUCUCAAAGUUCAAAGCAAAGCUGAUGAUGGAACAUUAACAGUAACCAGCACAUAUUCUCUCUGUUACAGUUGUGUUAAUAAGGUCAGACAAACAGGCCAAAUAUUUGCAUUUUUAAGAUCCCUUAAGUUGGGAACUUGGCAUCUAGAACAAGUUACUUUAAAAACAAUUGAGAAAGGAGAUUGGAACAAAAUGGAAAAUAUUCAGAAGGUAGGAAAAGUGACUGCACCAUUAGAUAAAAAGUCUAAAAGGAUGAGUUUCAUGGAAGGCUUAGGAAUUUCACAAAAUAAAAUGGCGGCCCAGGUCGAAACUUCAAAUGCAGUUAUUGAACGUGCAGGAUUUCCAACUACUAAUAUCCAAAGAGCCUGGUUACAUCUGUGUCAAUUACGUUGCAUGCUUUUCUGGACACAUAUCGGUAUUUGGUCAGUGGAUGAUUCUAUUACAAGCAAGAUUGGACCAGUAAUAAAAUCUAAAGAUGAAACAUUGAAGACUCAAACUCCUAAUAUUAUAGAAAACUGGAAAUAUUCUCAGAGUGAGGAAUCUCUAACAUCUCACAAAGAACCUACAUCUGAAAAAGAUGAUAUGUUCGAUUUCGAGAGUAAAAGUGAUCUAGAUCAAGAACAUCAAGAUUCCAAAUCUGAAACAUUAGAUGUCAAUACAACAGAGAAUAUCGAUACAAAUAAGGGGACAACUUUUACUGAGGAGGAACAAGAUGAAACAUUUACAAAGGAAGGGCCAGAAUCUUCUACUGUUGAAAAAAAUACAACUGUUACCGAAACUGUCGAAUCAGUACAAAUAGAAAACCAUGAUGAUAUUAAAGAAAGUAGUGAAAAUAGCGUCACAAAAGGUUUGGAGAUCGAUGAUAGUCAAGAUCCUGCAACCGAGAGUAGCAAAGUGUCCACACCAAUAGCGAACAAUAUGAAAGAGAAUUUUGGCACAGAAAACCCAGAUAAUCAUAUAGCAGACGUCGCUAGUGGAGAUGAUAGUAUCGAUAUUUUAAAUGAUUACACAGGAAACGAGCAAAAUAGAGAAGGAACCUCUUCACCAUCAAAUGAAGAUGAAUUCGAUGAUGCGCAGGAAAAUGUGUAA